CUGCCGGGCCCGGGCCGGGCCCUGCCGUUCCUCGCCGAGAUCCCGCCCGGCAAAGCCCCGUGCCGGGCAGUGCUCCCCGGGACGCCGAGCCAGCGCCAUGGCAACAAGAGAUGCUCCUAAAUCUGCCAGGAAGGUUGUCAUUGCUGGUGUUCCAGAUGGCAUUCUGCAGGAUGAUGUCAUGGCUGACAUACUGAUGAUUCAUUUCCAAAUGCCAAAGAACAGUGGUGGAGAUGUGAAAGAAGUGGAGUACCCAACGCGGCUGAGGGGAGUUGCGUAUGUGACUUUUGAAGAUCAAGAAGUUGCAGAGAGCGUCCUGCAGAAGGGUGACCAUCAGCUGGAAGACAAGAGGCUCACCAGACACUACCCCCUGAAAGUAACCCGCUACUGCGAAGAGGUCUUCACCUCUGUCACCUCUGUCCUCAACAUGUCUGUUUUCAAAGAGCAGUUUGUGGUAGAAGAUCUGCUGCAAGAAAUUCAGAGGAGGAGCACAACUUUGAGCUUUGGGCCUUUACAAUCCAAUGGGCAUAUUUCAGUUCAAGGGUCAUUUCCAGAGAUCCAAUUGCUGAGAGACUUUCUCCUACUCAAAGCAAAAUGCCUGUCAGAGGAGGACAGAAGAGGAGAGAUUCAGUCCCACCAGAGACCAAGGAGGAGGCUACAACAGCAGCAGCUUAAAAGAGAGCUGAGUAACUCUGUGCGUGAUGCAGGUGGGGAAAUCCAAAUGGUUGUUCUUGACACAGAUGUGUAUUGCUACAUGAAGGCUUUUUCCCCUUGGAGACUCGAGGAAGGUGCUGAUGUUGUCAUUUCUGACAUCACUGAUGGUGAUACCACUACACUAUACAUUAAGAGUGCUGGACAUAGGUCUGAUGUUGGACAGAUCUCAAGAAUCAGAGAGCAGAUUGAAGAUCACUCUGUAAAACUUUACAGCGCUUUAGGUAAAGAAAGGAUCUCCUUUAAGGAGCACACCAGAGCUGAAAAGGAGAGGUACCAAAGGCUGUGUGAACACUUAAAAGCCCAUUUCCCUCAUGUCUUGAUCCUUCAUUAUGAUACUCACAUUGAUGUUAUAGGAAGUCCUUCUGAGAUAGUUCAGUUUACAAAGGUGGUGAGCAGUAAGAUUCAAAGCUGGUAGAAGUCAGCGUUGAUGCUGCUGAUGUGAGGCUUCUCACAGAGGCUGUAGUGGUGCAGCCUGCACUCCUCUUUGUGUGUCUCUCUCACCUGCAAGCUGGGCAGUCUGCACAUGAGGGUGGACAAGUCCAUUCCCUUUCAAAUAUCAAGUGAAGUUUAGAAUAGGAAAGAAAUGAUCUUACAAGCUUGCAGUCUGAAGAAAUUAGGCCUCUUUUAUCUAGGUGGAGCCACCUUUUUCCUGUUGUUAGCUGCAUUUGGGGCAGAUUCAUUCCCAUUUUGCUGUCAGGGAACAUAUGAUGAGAAAAUAGAAGGUUUCUAAGAGCUCUUAUUAGCAGAAGGAAUCAGACUGACAGAGCUGGGCCAGCCAUCCUGAUGUGAAACACUGUGUGGAGGUUUGUCAGUUAGACCUAUCUAGGUGUAGCCACCUUUUUCCUGCUGUUACCUACAUUUGGGGCAGAUUCAUUCCCAUUUUGCUGUCAGGGAACAUAUGAUGAGAAAAUAGAAGGUUUCUAAGAGCUCUUAUUAGCAGAAGGAAUCAGACUGACAGAGCUGGGCCAGCCAUCCUGAUGUGAAACACUGUGUGGAGGUUUGUCAGUUAGACCUAUCUAGGUGUAGCCACCUUUUUCCUGCUGUUACCUACAUUUGGGGCAGAUUCAUUCCCAUUUUGCUGUCAGGGAACAUAUGAUGAGAAAAUAGAAGGUUUCUAAGAGCUCUUAUUAGCAGAAGAAGUCAGCCUGACAAAGCUGGGCCAGCCAUCCUGGUGUGAAGCACCAUGUGGAGGCUUGCACAAGGAGAUGAGCCCUGAAAGCAGGACUGGCAGCCUUCUCCUGUGGCCUUCCUGAGCAAGCCCUCAUUACUGAGAUGCAUGGAGCAGGCAGAUCUUUGACAUCUGAGUGAUUGGAAUGAUUCUUAAAUUGCUUCUUAAAUUUACAGGCUUGCCAUAAGCUUAGAAGAUGGUACUGGGAAGUUCAAAUCAUCAAGUUUGUUCUCACAGUUUGCUUUUUCCUAGCUGUUAACAGCUUCUGCAGCAUCCCUUGGCCAUGUUCUUUAGCCAUGAAAGUACAGCCAAAGUUUUGAUGUGAAGAUCUGGGGGCAUUUGGACUCUGGAAGCAGAAUCUGGUUAUGCAGAUCCCUUUCUAGAUCCAUUGCAGUGAUACAAAACCUUGAUUUAGACUUAUGGAGCUAACUGGGAUUUCAUGGUACCAACAUGUUCAGACUCCUUUGUCCAAGCAUCCAGAGCUGAUUUCUCUUAUGUGCAGCAUUAAAGAAAGGUUACACAAAA